GCUGUGUGUGCUGCUUGCGGGGAGCAUGGCUAUAGAGUGGGGGGCGGGGCGGUCCCUAGAUGCUGUUGGACUACAACUCCCAUCAUCCCCAGCCACACUGGUCAAACGCAGUGCGGUGUUGAGAGCUGUAGUCCAAUAACAUCUGGGAACGUCUUACCUAAAUGUAAUCAAAGCAGCCUCCCUACAUUUCCCUACAUGCAUUUCUGUAGCAGAACUUUCUAGAAAUUGAGGGGCUUGGUCAGAACAAAAAGAAAACCAAUUUUACAAUGACAAAAUAUCCACAGACAAGAUAUUUCACUGCUAGGGACUGCAGAAGACACUAAAAGGCUUCUACAAAAUGUGCAUAAGGAAGUUUUUCUAUGCCUUGCCUUAUCGCUGUGCCAGGAGACUGAGAAUCCUGCACCAUGCCUGGAACAGAUCUUCACACUUGAUCAUGUGGAGGAAUUAUAUGUCCUGUCCCUAUAAAGCGGUGAUCUUGGAUAUGGGUGGAGUUCUCCUUCCUUCUCCAUAUAAGCUGGCUGCCGACUGGGAAAUUCGGAAUCAUGUCCGCCCUGGCACCAUCAAGCAAGCCUUAAUAUCCGGAGGGGGAAACCGACCUUGGCUGAGGUACAUGAGAGGGGAGCUGGAGCCAGCAGAGUUUCUGCGCGAGUUUGGACGUCAGUGCUCUGAGAUCGCUAAUGCUUCCGUUCCAGUGGACUCCUUUCUCUCUGACCUAACUAGUAACCUCAUGUCAGGACAGCUCCCAGUUAUGACCGAGGCUAUAAAGUGCAUCCGAGCUGAAGGUCUCAAGACAGCCGUCUUAAGUAACAAUUUUUACUUGUCCAAUGGAGAAAGUUUUCUACCCCUAGACCGAAAGCAGUUUGAUGUGAUAAUCGAGUCCUGCCGGGAAGGGAUGUGUAAGCCAGACCCUCAGAUCUACAAGGUUUGCUUGGAGCGUCUGGGUGUUCAGGCAAAGGAGUCCAUCUUUCUGGAUGACAUUGGGCAGAACCUGAAAGCCGCUGCCCAGCUUGGCAUGAAAACACUGAAGGUUGAUGACCCCAAUUCAGCAAUUCGAGAACUAGAGACCCAUCUGGGUUUUCCUCUGCAGCGGUUUGUUCCAUACACGUGUUCUGUGAGGCCAGCCAUGGAGAUCCCCAGAGAGCCUCUCCAGAAGUAUCUUGAAAGCCUUUUGGGGGCUCUGACAGACGGACCUUUGGUGCUGCGGCAGUUCAGCCAUGGCCAGUCAAAUCCAACUUACUACAUCAGGUUCGGGGAUCACCACCUGGUCUUGAGGAAGAAGCCCCCUGGCAAACUGCUCCCCUCUGCACAUGCUGUGGAGAGAGAGUACAGGGUUCUGAAGGCUCUCGCUGAAGCUGGGGUUCCAGUCCCUAAAGUCCUCACCGUUUGUGAAGAUUCAAGUAUCAUCGGCACCCCCUUCUACCUAAUGGACUACUGUACGGGUCGGAUCUUCAAGGAUCCCUCUCUCCCGGGACUGGAGCCCAACCAGCGGAGGGAGAUUUAUAGCGCCAUGAACAAAGUCCUCUGCAAGAUCCAUAGCGUAGACAUCAAAGCAGCUGGCCUGGAGACUUAUGGGAAACAUGGAAACUACAUUCAGCGGCAAGUCCAGACCUGGAGCAAGCAGUACCGUGCCACAGAGACACACACCAUCCCAGCCAUGGAGAGGCUCCUAGAAUGGCUCCCUUCCCACCUGCCCGCCCACGAGCGCCUCUCUGUCGUGCAUGGAGAUUUCAGGCUGGACAACCUGAUCUUCCAUCCAGAGAAUCCCGAGGUGGUCUCUGUCCUUGACUGGGAACUCUCCACCUUAGGCGAUCCCCUUUCCGACGUGGCGUAUAAUUGCCUUGCAUAUUAUCUGCCUUCUCAUUUUCAUAUCCUGAAAGGUUUGAGCGACUGUGAUCUGAGCCAGCUGGGCAUUCCCACGGCAGAGGCCUACUUCCAGAUGUAUUGCGACCACAUGGCCAUGCCUCCCGUCAAGAACUGGAACUUCUAUAUGGCCUUUUCCUUUUUCAGGGUGGCUGCAAUCCUGCAAGGAGUAUACAAACGCUCCCUCACGGGUCAGGCCAGCUCAGCGACAGCCGAAAGCAGCGGGAAGCAGGCCGAGUUCAUGGCUGACCUUGCCUGGGAUUUUGCUACGAAAGAAGGUUUCCGAGUCUUCAAGGAGCUCCCAGACGCCCGGCCUCCAGCCCGGCCAUUCAGCACAUGGGCCAAUCCCGGAGGGUUCCCAAGGAGGAGCUAUUCCACUGGAGCAAGUUCCGGGUCCGCUGACGCCGCCAAGUCCCACCUGAUUGUCUCUCCGGAUGGCCUGCCUCGCCGAGUCCAGGAGCUGCACCAGAAGCUGAAGGAAUUCAUGGGCGCCCACAUUUACCCUGCCGAGCAGGUCCUGCGAGAUCAUCAGGCUUCUCAGAGCAGAUGGACGCCCCACCCCCUUGUAGAGAAGCUCAAGGACAAGGCGAAGUCUGAGGGCCUCUGGAACCUUUUCCUGCCGCUGGAGAGUGACCCAGACAUGAAAUAUGGAGCGGGCCUGACCAACCUGGAGUAUGCCCACUUGUGUGAGCUGAUGGGGACUUCAGUCUAUGCAUCGGAGGUAUUCAACUGCUCUGCGCCGGAUACAGGCAACAUGGAGGUGCUGGUGCGCUACGGCACAGGUGCGCAGAAGGAGCGCUGGCUGCAGCCUUUGCUGGACGGCAAGAUCCGCUCCUGCUUUGCGAUGACGGAGCCUCAGGUUGCUUCGUCUGAUGCCACCAAUAUUGAAGCUUCCAUCACUGAGGAAAAGGGUGUCUAUCUUCUGAAUGGGCAUAAAUGGUGGAUUUCAGGUUCCCUGGAUCCUCGUUGCCAGCUCUGUAUCUUCAUGGGCAAGACCGACCCUGCAGCACCCCGGCACAAGCAACAGUCAAUGUUGCUGGUUCCAAUGGAUACGCCUGGAAUUACCGUCACCAGGCCUCUCACCGUCUACGGCAUGGAUGAUGCCCCAGCUGGCCAUGGGGAGAUCACGUUCGAAAACGUCCGCGUUCCCCAAGAGAACAUCUUGCUGGGCCCGGGCCGAGGUUUUGAAAUCGCCCAGGGGAGGCUGGGCCCAGGAAGAAUCCACCACUGCAUGAGGCUGAUUGGCUUUGCAGAAAGAGCCCUGGCUCUCAUGAAGGAGCGGGUGAUUUCCCGCACAGCCUUUGGAAAGCCUUUAGCAGAACAGGGCACGAUCCGGGCAGACCUCGCCAAGUCGCGCAUUGAGAUUGAGCAGGCCAGGCUGCUAGUCCUCAAAGCAGCCCACCUCAUGGAUACUGUUGGGAACAAGGAAGCAGCGCUCGAAAUUGCCAUGAUCAAGGUGGUCGCUCCGAGCAUGGCUUUGCGGGUCAUCGACCGGGCUAUCCAGGCCUUUGGCGCAGCGGGGCUCAGCAACGACCACCCGCUGGCGCAGUUCUUUGCCUGGGCCCGGGCCCUCCGCCUGGCUGAUGGUCCCGACGAAGUCCACAGAGCAGCCGUGGCCAAGAUGGAGCUGCAGCGCUAGCUGUGAGCAGUGCCCCUUGGCGGGGAACAGCUUGACGGUCCAACAGCGGGCAUUGGGGAAGCACAUUCGGCGGUCCAGGGCUUUGGAGACUGGUGGGGAGGGGAGGGCUGUGUGGGUCAACUCGGGGGCAGUGCCCACCCUGAUGUCUGUGGCCCUUCAAUGAAUACUGAUCACAGCUGAUGAUGGGAAGCACCAUAGAGCCAAGCUGGCUAAGUGGCUAGUGCUGGCACAGCCAUGGACCCAGCCCAGGGCCCCUGCUAGGCUCAGCUGCUUCCUGGGCUCUCUUGGGGAGAAUUCACUGGUCCUAGCGGCAGCUGGGCCUUUGAUUCUGGGCGCCUCUAAGCUGCGCUUUAGGUACUAGAUGGUCCCUAAUGAUUCUCUGCCACUGGUAGGUGGCCAUCCUCUGAGGGAAGGAUCCUGAAGGCAGGUUGGGAAAUGGGGAGGAAACACAAUGGACCCGCAAAAGGGACCCUCCCGUCUCCCAUAUCAGUUGUGGGUGUGCUGGCUUGGGGGUGGAUUGCACUUUGACAUGCUCACUGAAAUCCAAUGAGGUGUUUUUAAGGGUGUGUGUGUGUGGAAAGAAUCACAGAGUAAAGCAUACUGUACUUUGUAGUCACUUGUCAUUAAAGUGUUUUGCAUAACAAGCAAAAUAAACAUGCUGCCUCCAGCUCUUUUCCUUC